UCUUCUCAGACGCUGUAGAUUUAUUUCUCAUUUCCUUUUAUUCUGAAAAUCUCGUUUAUUUUGUUUUCUUCCUGUCUGCACACAGCUGUUGUUCCUCCUCACCUGUUGGUUAUUAUUAUUUCUCUGUUUGUUUCUUCGGAGCCCUGAUCCGGAGUCAGCCUGACCUACCUGUCCCAGGUGUUUAACAGGUAAAGAAGAGGCUCCGCCUCCCCUCACAAACCUGUGCUCCUCCCUGUCUUUUAUAUUUAAAUGUGGGGCGUGUGAACCCAGCUCCCUGCAGGUGAGUCUCUGCUCAGGUGGACUCACCUGAGAUCAGCUGCAGACACCUGGAGAGAGGAAGAGGAGGCAGGUGGAGCUCAGCAGCUGAGGAAGAAUCACAACAAUCAGAAGUAAACUGUAAACCCAGAUGGUUCUGUUUGAGUUCAGUCCUGUUUCUGGCUUUUAGGAUGUUAGGAACUGGACCUUCAGAUCCAUCCAGAACUUUUUAUCUGCAGCUCUUCCUGCUGGGUUCAGACUGAUCCAGAACCAGAGACAGUUGUUGAGGAAGAGGAGGAUUAUCUUCAUCUCACCUGGACCUCAUAAGAAGGACGACGCUCCGUGAUGCUUAGGGGAGGAGAAAAGAUCUCUGAGACGUGAUGUUGGCGUGUCGCCCUCUGCUGCUCGCCUGGAUUCUGCUCUCUGUGGUCCAGAGUCACACCUGGAGAGCCUGUACAGAUCUGCUGCCUCUCGACCUCCUGACUGUAGCCCUGCCACGCCCAGGACAAGCCCCGCCCACACAGGUGCAGAUGGUUCAGUCCAGAGGGUCCAGAGGUCUCAGACUGACCGGCGCCCCCCCAGCAGCUCUGAGUUUUUCUGCCUCUCAGAUUUUCACCAACUGUGAUGGUUUUCCUGCUGAGUUCUCGCUGGUCGCUACAGUCAAGGUCCAGAAACUGAGACCCAAGACCAGUGAGUUCCUGUUCUCUGUGGUGAAGGAGGUGUCUGGUUCUCUGCUGCUGGGGUUACGGAUCUCUGAGACCCGGGUCCAUCUCCAGACCAGGCUGCCUGGUCCUUGGAGCCGGCUCACCUUCAAAGACGUCCCAUUGGACAACAACAUGUGGCACACCCUGGUUCUGUCUGUCAGCGGGCAGUACGCUGCGCUGACCGUUGACUGUGGACUGCCUCUGGAGCUGAAACAGGUCCGGUCCUUCCCUAGCACUUUGAGCACCAGAGGGUCCAGGUUCUUCAUUGGCAGCGGGGGCCGUUGGAGGGGUCGCUUCUCCGGUCUGCUGCGACAGCUGGUUCUACUUCCGGGUUCAGACGCCUCACCCAGACUGUGUCCCACCUCUGAACCGGGUCUGGCUGAGCUGUCUGUCCCACAGGUCCUGAAGUCCACACCCCUGCAGCUGGACCAGCAGAGACCAGUUUACCCAUAUGAGGCUGAAGCCAGAGUCACUGCUGGGGACCGUCCUCGGUGUUCAGAACCAGAACUGGGUCAGCUGUGGUUGGACAGUCUGAGGAAAGGCCUGUCCAUCUGUGACGGUCUGAUGUGGAGGACACUGCUACAGAAAAAGGACCGUCUGGACUACCUGGAGGACUAUCAGGACCUGUACACGCUCUCUGAGACCUUCGAUGUGGAGAUCUUCUCCAUCCCGUCUGAAGGCCUCUUCAUGGCUGCAGCUAACAGGGACUCUGGACCCGGCUCAGCUAUCUACAGAUGGACCAACAGGUCCUUCCAGCUGUACCAGAACAUCAGCACCCAGCAGGCCCGGGCCUGGAAACACUUCACCAUCAAGAACAAGAACUUCCUGGUGGUCGCUGACAUCAGGAGGGCGGAGCCUGAGCUGUCAGUCAUCUACCGCUGGAACCAGCGGCUGCGGCGGUUCCUUCGGUACCAGACUCUGGAGACUCACGCAGCCCAGGACUGGGAGGCCUUUCAGAUCCAGAACCACAGCUUCCUGGUGGUGGCCAAUCACAGACGAGCCAGAGACUUCAGUCACAACAUCCACAGUGUCAUCUACAGAUGGAACCCUGAGACAAAGGGCUGUCCUCUGUGGUUCUGAUAAACCCAUGUUCCUGUGUCCCAGCUGUUUGAGGUGAACCAGACUCUGUCCACAUCUGGAG